AUGCAGCAAUCCGCGACUCAAACCACCCGUCCCAUGCAAGACUCGUCUACCACCUCCCACAGCGAGCUCAUAGCGCCUCUUGAUGGCACCAACCCGCCCACAAUCACAAGGCGCGAUCUGCGUGAACACGCUCGCAGAUUCUUGGAGCGAAAGCGAUCGUAUUCAGCAGCCACAUUUCACAGGACGAGGCUCGAGGAAGCUCGGCAAAUGAUAGCAGAGCUGAUGGAAUCGGCUGACGAGGCUGGUAGCAAGAAAUCCCGGCUGUUACACGCACACAACCUAUGGCUCGACGAGUUUUCCAUUUACUACGACCUCCCGGAAGUUAAAACCCUGCAGUCUGCUCAGGAGUUAUUCCGUACGCUCCAGUCACUGGGACAACUACUUUCGAUACAUCGGCUUGGGACCCUCUACCGCGACGAAGGUCUACUGAAGGGAGAUCUCCUUCCACCUCGCGUAGUUCCUGGUCGCUUACGAUGGUGGAAGAUGCUUGAUAAGAACUGGCAGAUAACUGCCAACAACAUCGUAUUGAGGCUCGGCCAACAAAAGUCGGGAACGAGUCGUGGCGAGCGCUCUGAAGAACUAUCCGACGACGAACUGCUGCCUCACGACGAGGAACGCGCGCCCACCUCCAAAAUGUUGCUAGGCGAUGGCGCCCAGGCCACACCAGUAGUUUCCCAAGGAGCUCAGAACGAUACGGACGUCGCGUCGCCUCCUGCAGUCUCACAGGAUGGUGCGCAGAGUAUGCUCGCUCUUCCUGGGCGCACGCCUCACGAUGGGGACUUCGUCGCCUCCGCCGCAACGUCUGAAGGUGGCGUGCAAGCCACUCACGCUCUCUCACAAGUGGUGUCGGAUGAUGUGGACACGCUGCCGUCUUCCGCAGCCCUGCAGGAUGGUGCGCAGGGUGCGCACCUCCUCCCUCAACAUGCGUCGCACGACGAAGAAGCUGCCGGUUUUCCUUCGAGGUCUCAAGGUCGUGCGCAGGCCACGCCUACUCCCUCCACCAAACCCGUCCGACAGGGUGCAAAUGCCACGUCUCCUUCCGUAGGGCCGCAAGAUGGGGCACAGGCCGCGCCCCCUCCCUUGCAUUCGGCUGCAGACGAUCACGCUGGUCCUUCCUCGGAACCUGUCCCAGCAGGCGCCGGCAGUGAGCCUCACUCAGUGCCGAGCCCUCACGAGCAGCCGCCAGCAAUCUUCGCAGAGCUUCCCAACGGCAACGAUGAUCCUGACCCGGAGCCGCUUCCCGCCCGCCGCGAUACAAGGUUCGGCUUUCUACAGGGUCUGCGAACUGAGGGCGGCGAUCGGGGCGAUGACGCCGACGACGAAGACUACACAGACUCGGAGGUACCGCAUCCAGUCAAGCAAGAACGCGGGAGUCCUGCAGUCAAACCCGAUGACGCUGCUAAGAGCCCAUCCCGGGACGCCAGUUCGCGUCCACCUCGUUCCAAAGGGAAACGCCGCGUGUCAUCGCCAGCACCGAGCGCGGGUGACGAGGACGACGCCGUCAUGCAAGACGACGCCGCUCCCACCGCCGAGACUUCCGACGCCGACUUUGUGCCAACAACGCCAACGCCGCCGCCUAAGAAGCGUGGGCGCCCCCCCAAGGCGGAGACGUCAACCGAUAGGACCGACAUUUGGAGAUUACCGGCGGGGUUGAGAAACUUCGCGCUCAGAAUAACCACUCUCGCAGAGUUCUAUGCAGAGCACGAGUACAAUCCGGUGACCAAGACGGUCGGCAAGCCGGUCACUGUUUUCGAUGUCAUCGCACUGCUCUUAUUCCACGGGCUCCCUGAGGAAGGUCUUGACUGCGAGACGACCUGCCAGCACUGUCGGAAAGAGAAGUGGCGUUGCGUAUAUCGGGGCCAACGGAACAGCAAAGACAAGCUCACGUGCCUUGGCUGCCAUCAGUAUAAACUCAGCUGCAGUGGCGCUUCCCUUCCAGCUGGCCUGAAAGAUAUUACGACUGUGGUGCCAAGGUUCAAGAGGCGUAUCGACCUGCUCAGGCGGCUCCGUGAAGAAGGAAUUUUCACGAUGCCUCCGCAGUACUACAGUGAAGAUGGCGAACCUGUGGCACCGACACCGAAGGCAAAAAGUAGUGGAAACCCUCAACCAGCGCCGUCGCGGAAAACCAAGCCCACGGGCCCCCGAGGUCGCAAGCGCGCGCAACCAUCAGAGGAGCGUUCGCCUUCCCCCGAUCUAUCUGCGCAACGCAAUCCAUCCCCGCCGGCCCCACCGUUUCCAGACGUGACUCGCCCGCGCGCAAGGACAAGCCCUCCGGCCAAUGGACGUUCAAGGCCACGCAAAAGCCAGGUUGACAACGCCCAACGUCCCACUCGGGCUGCUGAGCCAACGCAGCCUUCUAUCAGCGGCGGGACUAGCUCGCCAAUUUUAAGGAACGUUCGCGCCAACGGCAAAGCGCCUGCGACAGAAGUCGAGGACGUCGAUAUGCAGGAUCAGAUGAACAUGGAGCAACCUAUUGACUAUGGCGUCGAUCACCAGGCCUCGACAGAACGUGUCUUCCCUCGGACCGGAGGAGGAGUUUCUCCAGCACAUGUUCAUCAUACGCGCGAGGUCGAGUCCUCGCCCUCUACUGCGAUAGACGCCCGAACCGUUCUCGACUGCGUACAUACCCUGGCCACAUCAAUCCGCGAUGGGUUUGCAGCGCCUGACCGCCGCCUUGAGGCAAGCACUCGCGUCGAGGAGUUGCUUCGGACCAUCGUGCCGAACGCGCUGUCUGAGGCCCUGAAGGAGCAUCUGACGCCGACUCUGACGCAACAUUACGACGCACUCUCGACCCAGCUCUCUACUCACUCAACAGCUGUGGAGAAGUCUCACACUGAGAUGCGCACUGCUUUGACAAAGACGGAGGAAGCAGUGAAUCGUCGCAACGCGAUGAUCGAUGGUGUUGUCAACCAGAAUACGGACGUCAACGCCAAGCUCCUCUCCGUCCUCACUAGCCUCGAGCAGAAGAUGGGCAUCUCGCCAGCCCCUCCCUCCGACGUUGAGGUUAUCGCUCGCCCCUCGAGCAGCUCCCCAGUCGCUUCAGCGGACCCUGAGUCGUCCCACUCUGUCUCGGCACUCAGUCAAUCCAUGCGGACGCUGGAGAUUCGUCAAGAUGCGUUGACGGCGGAUGUUUCUGGCAUGAAGCACAGCGUGUCUAGUCUCGCAACGCUCUUGGAAGCGUUCUUGAAGCGUCAACCUGAGCAAGCACGUGCCAGCAUUGAACCCGCCGGUCCCGGACUCGACGUUCGGGAUGUCACAGUGGCUCCAGUGCGGAAGGAUGUUCACCCGGGCACCGAGGUUGCCAACGACGCUCGUCCUGUGUCUCAGCAAGUUCCAGGUAUGAGUCAAGAUCGCGUCGCCUUCGACGCCAACUCUUCUGGACAUCCAUCCGCAUCAUCACCGACGAUGGCUGCGCUUGGCAACAUGGGUACCGGCAAAGAACGUUCUGUGCCUCAACCGGUUAUGGGCGACAGUCAAGACCGAGUCGCCCUCGAUGUCAGCUCUUCUGUGCGCUCGUACAAAUCUCCACCGGCGCCGGCUGCGCAUGGCAACGUGGUCACGGACGAAGCGCGUCCAGCGCCCCAGCGAGUUCGGGGGGGGAGUCAAGACGGAGUCGUGCUCAACGCCAACUCUUCUGCUGUCCGCCCAUUCACACCUCCACCGGCGUCGACUGGACAUUCCGGAGCCUGUUCCGGUCCUGAUAGCGAUGCCGGCGGGCCUUACGGCAUGGACGUGGACGUGGACGUGGAUCAACCUCCUACAGACGCUGCGGGGCCGAACGGCGAGGAGCCCAUGGAUGAAGGGGAAGAGGACGCUACCGGCAAGGAGUCCGCGGAUGAAGGGGAAGACAACGCUAUCGGCGAAGAUUCUGACAACGAGGGCAUCUCCGAUUCUGAGAACGAAGGACCCUCUAGGGCGGGGCGCCGCGCUCCCAUUCCUUCGAAACCGGUAAAAUCUGGGACAAAGCGCAAGGCCAGCAGCGAGCCAAACGCCACCGCGGAGGCUCCGCCCGCGAAGAAAACUCGCGGCAAAGCUCCACUACCAGAACCUCGUCUCAAGAGCGCACGCAUCGCCCAGCUUCAUCCUUAG